GACACUUCGUUAAAGGCGACAAAAAACACACUGGCGACACAAAUUAUGUGAAAUUGGACGAAAAUCAGUCAAAAACCUCAAAAAACGCGAAUUUCAAUGUCGUCAAGCCCUGAAUUAGCCUCAAAUGAGAAGAAAAAGGAGCGAAUAAUCUCAGCGGGAUUCCUCUUCACAGUCGCCGGAAUCGCAGCAAUAGCGGGUUUUGGACGAACUUUAACAGUUGCCAAGCGAAAAGAUCCCAAAUUUUUCGACAAAGGAGUCGUUGCGACACGAGAAAUGAACGAAUCUGGUGCAAUGUUGGCUAUGAGAGCCCUCGCUUGGGGUUCCCUUUACGCGUGGAUCGGUACUGGAUGUAUUUGUUAUGGGAUUUGGAAGAUGUCGGGAGCGUCAAAUUUUGAAGAGUUUCGUCAAGUAGUUGGCGAUAAAUUGCCAAGAAUUAAAAAGAACGAUCCGCCUCAAAGUCGCACAGAAUUCGAAGGACUCAAUGAUUUAAUGGGAUAUUUAUCGACUUGGGGAGCCUCAAAAGCCUCAAAACAAGACUGA